AUGCUUCCAUUGGACGAUUGCGAAAAGAAGUUGGGUCAGACGCCGCCACACAACGCCGAAGCCCAAACCCAAGUCGACCUCUUAAGUCCGCAUGGGGGAGAUAAUCCGACGUCCCAGUUACAAGAGGUUACAAGCUGGCAGACGAGUAUACUGAUUUCAGGUCGCUUGACAGAUAUAGGCUACUUCCGCACCACCUUUCUAGCAGGAUCUCUGGCCAUGGUCGUUGGCAUAUUUGCCUCUUCGUUUGGGUCAAAACUAUGGGUCAUGUUCCUCACACUUGGCGUUGGCGUUGGGAUAGGCAACGGUCUCAUGUCUUGUCCAAUGCUAGCAGUCGUUUCUCAGUAUUUUACUGAGCGACGUGGCUUGGCUAUUGGUGUAGCGAUGUGCGGCUCUUGUACCGGCGGUCUCGUCUAUUCUGGCAUCAUGCGCCAAUUAAUACCUCAGUUAGGUUUUGCUUGGACAAUGAGAGUCAUCGCCUUGAUCCAGUUUGUCACAUUGGCCUUUGCCAAUAUUUGCCUGCGACCGAGAUCUCAAAGCCGCAAUAGCCCCGACUGGAUUGAUUGGUCGGCAUUUCGAGACUCUCGAUUCAAUAAUUAUGCUCUUGCCAUAUUUAUGUCGGGACAUCUCUGGCUAUAUUUAUGGAACCCAAAUUCAAUCAAUGAGAGCUUCGAUCCUCAGCAACUAAAUACAACCCCGGCUCCAGGUGAAGGCGAUCAGAACCAUGCUACAGAUACCUAUCACUCCAAUCCAGCUUCCGAGUCAUAUAACGAUACUCCUACCGCUGACUCAAAGCCCGCUACACCAAUUCCCCAAAGACCUGGGAAACGUCUUUCUCUGAUCUCCGUCCGUAUCCUCAACAAGUGGCUAUCAGCUCAUAUGCAUCAUCCCUACCCCACCGUCGCAGAAGUCGAGUCUCUCACUAGACAAACAGGUCUCAGCAAACAACAAGUCUUGAACUGGUUUGCUAACGCCCGUCGAAGAAAGAAAUUCGAACGGCCAGACACAUUAGACUACUGCUCUGGAUCAUCAGAAGCAAGCCCGAGAGACAUUCCACUGCCAAGACCACCGACGCCUACAAUUCAACAAACUCCAUUUGAGAGAUGGAGAAGCUCACCGCCAGAGGAUGAACCGUCAGGCUUGGAUGCUAUUGCUAGGGCCGUUACUGGCGUGCCGCAUCCCCAGCAGGGAGGCAGCUGGGUAAAGCACAGCGAUGCACCGUCUGUGACUGGAAGCUGGGCCACAAGUGCCGAGACAUCUGACUCUAGUCGGAGCUCACACGCCUCUUCCCACGGACAUAGAUCCGAUGGCUCUAUGAGGUCAAUUCGAAAGGUUAACAAAAAACGAAGACGGGCGCGGCCACAUGGCAGAGGAUAUGGUACCGUACAGCUCUCACAAGAAUGUCAUCGUUUCCAAUGCACAUUUUGCACAGAAUCCUUCAAAAUGAAGCACACCUGGACACGUCACGAGAAAACACAACACCUGUCGCUUGAGCAAUGGGAAUGCACACCUGCCGGUCCCACAAUCCUCAACGAAAGGUCCGAAACAGUCUGCGUCUACUGCGGUGCUGCGAACCCCGAGGCCACUCAUUUCGAGACUCAUAAUCACGAUCUCUGCCAUAAGAGAGAUAAAAGCGAACGGACAUUUUACAGAAAAGACCAUUUGAGACAGCACCUUCGACUUGUACACGGAUCAGAAUUUAGAAAGUGGCCAAUGGAAGAUUGGAAAGUUAAACAUGAAGAUAUCCUUUCACGAUACCUUAUCGACUAUGAGCGCAAUUCUCCUUUGCCUUUCACGACCUCUCAAGGGGCACCGUACAGCUCUACCAGUGCAUUUGAACUUUUGCAGUUAGAGCUUGACUAUUUUUACUCUAAUUACGUCGACACGAACCACAUUAUACCGAGCGACGAAACUCUCCACACUGAAGCGUGUUCCAUCAUCUUCGGCGCCGAAAUGUCCUCCUCAACCCCACAAGCAGCAUCCUCCUGGCUGCGCGACCUAAUAAUGGGCACAGAACACAUUACUGCCAAAGCGCGCAUGACGCCACUCAAAAGCGCGGCGAGAUCACGAUUCACCGAACUAAGAAUACACAGCAAAAAAGAUAUCUUUGAGAACUGCAACCUCGAGAAUUCGCUGAGACAGUAUGUUGAUAUGUUGAAGUUAUUGAAUCUUGAGAUUGGCGAUGAUGAGUUGCAGAGAGAGGCAUGUUCGAUUGUCAGUCAUAUGACCGAUGCUUCGCCUAUGUUUACAAAUCUUCUUAUUGUUUUGAUCAACGGUUCGACGCAGUGGUUAGUGCCAUUCAGGUUACGCACUGGAUUGCCCAUUCUUGAGACUGAGAUCAAUCUACGAUUAGAUGGCAGAGAGACAGAAAUUCGGGACGCCACUUCGCUAGAUCUGAAUAUCCUACAACAUAUCCUAGCCGAAGAUACGGGUCACAAUACCCUUGGUCAUGCAGCGCUCGCGUUAAACCCUGCCUCUUCCAAUCAAAAGGUGGUUUCGCUCAACGAUGGAAACAUGUACAGGGGCCUCACGCGAGAUCUGACCCGAUAUGUCGCACGUACGAUAUCACCCUUGAACCCAACAAGCCAUGUUCCGACAGACGAAGAGCUGCAAUACCAAGCGCGAUGGAUUAUGUAUGACAGCCAUGAUGUCUGGAACCAAACACCGGCUGAUAACAUGGCUUGGCUUGAGGAGUUUAAGAAGGAGUCUGGGCUUUUUGGAUGA